AUGUCUCUGAUCCCGGGGCUCAAGAGUUCUACCCUACCGCCCACCACCACCACCUCAUCACACGACCCUGGCCUGCCGCCUGUGCCGCCGGACCCGCCUGGCCUCCAGCUUCUUGGGCUGCCACCGCUACGGGAGGCUGCGGUCGCGGCGGCGCAGCUGCCGCGCGUGGGGCGGCUUGCGGAGGUACCGGCGCGCGUGGCGGGGGAGGCCGCGCACCGCGCCGUGGUACGAGUCGUGGUGGCGGGCGCAGCGGCGGGGGAGGGGGCGGUGGGUGCGGCCGGAGUGCAUGAGGCGGUGGCGGCCUCCUGGGCGGCGGCGGCGGCGGCGCAUGCCCAUCAUCUGUACGCCGCCGCCGCCGCCGCCGCCACCUCCCCCCUCCCNCUCGUCGCCGGCCACCCCGUCUGGGCCCACUUCGCCGCCGCCGCCUCCGACGACGAUCCCAACCACGGCUCCCUCGUCCUCCUCAAUUCCCACCCCUCCCUCUCCCUCCGCUCCCUCCGCGAAACCUUCCAACCCUUCGGGGCUGUGAAGGACGUGAGAGAGUCGCCGGUGAAGCCCCACCACAAGUUCGUGGAGUUCUUCGAUACGAGAGACGCCGCUCGUGCCCUCGCGGAGCUCAAUGGGAAAGAGCUCUUCGGGAGGCGCUUGGCGAUCGAAUUCACAAGACCCUUCGGCCACAGUAAAAGGAGGAAUUGGAGUCAUCACCAGCAACAGCACCAAUACCAGCACCAGCAGCAGCACCAGAUUUUUCCGACGCCGCCGAGGCUUCUGCGAGCGAGCUCGCAGACCGCUCACUCGUCGUUGCCGUCGUCGAGCACCGGAAAAGCAGCAGCGGAAGGAGUGGUGCUGCUCAAGCGGAAUAACAAUAACAACAACGGCAGUAGCAGCAGCAGCAGUGAAGCCAAGGAUGGUAGUAAAUUGGCCCGCGGCGGCGGCGGCGGCGGCGGCAACGGAGGAAGGAGGAACAAAGGCGGCGGCAAGAAUUGCCCGCUGUCGUCGUCGUCGAAGCAGCAUUCGAGCAGAAGAGGCUGGAAAGGCCACGGGAAAGGCGGCGGCGGUGGCGGCGGCGAGGCGAGAUUUCUCUUCAAGGAAUUCGGCGGCGAAGUCCGCGGGGAGGAUCAGGAAUCGUCGGGAUCGUCCUCCUGUAUCAGAGACUCGAGAACCACGGUCAUGAUCAAGAACAUACCCAACAAGUACAGUCAGAAGCUGCUGCUGAACAUGCUGGACAACCACUGCAUUCAUUGCAACGAGCAGACUGCCGACGGCGAGCCCUUCUCCGCUUAUGAUUUCGUCUACCUUCCCAUCGAUUUCAACAACAAGUGCAAUGUUGGGUAUGGGUUUGUGAACCUCACAUCACCUGAGGCCUCGUUCAGGCUCUACAAAGCCUUCCACAAGCAACCCUGGGAGGUGUUCAACUCCCGCAAGAUUUGCCAAGUUACCUAUGCUCGGCUACAGGGUUUGGAGGCUCUGAAGGAGCACUUCAAGAACUCGAAAUUCGCGUGCGACAACGACGAGUACAUGCCGGUGGUGUUCGCGCCGCCGCGGGACGGGCGGCAGCUCACCGAGCCCGUCCCGAUCGGCGGCCGGGGGACGCUUACAUUGAGGGCGCAGGAGGCGGUCGGGGAGCCGUCGUCGGACGCUGGGGGGGCGUCGUCGACGACGGCGUCCCCCCACGCGCCGUCGGAUCACGACGACGACGGCGACAGAGCCGACAAUGAUGACAAUGAGGAAGAUGAUGAUGAUGAUGAUGAUGAUGAUGAUAAUGAUGAUGAUGAUAGUGGGGAGAGGAUGAGCCCCUCUGGAUCUCUGAUGAGUCUAAACCUACACUGAAUAGACAAGACUGCGCUUUAAUUUUCGUGAGCAAUACAAAUAUAUAUGUAUGUGUAUGUGUGCUGUGCAUCGAGAAUGUAAGAGCUGGGGGAGGGAAUGAUGAUGAUGACGAUGGAUGGAUGGAUGGAUGGGUGGUGGAUUACUUGUUUGUGUGUUGUUGCGGGUGUAUCAAAGGGGGAUUUGAUGAUGAUAGCGAUAGGAUUCUUCUUCUUCUUCUUCUUCUUCUUCUUCUCUUUCUCUUAAUUGCUGGAGUUGCUCCUUUACCAACUCGCAAAAUGGCGG